AUGGUUAUAGAUUCAGAAACCAGUGGUACUCAUCACCGGCGACUCACUUUCGCCGCCUUCUUAAACACCAAUCUCUCCGCCGACGAAGAAGAACAGAGCCAUGGUGCUGCUGCUGAUGUCAUCAAUCCAAGUAGUAACAAGAACAACAAGAACAACCAACAACGUCAAAGCAAUGCUUCCACCACGAGCGGUGACUCGUCUCCUAAUCAGAUUCUAUCUCCAUGGAACCAGACUUACUCUCCGUACUACACCGACACAACAACAACUACGCCGAUGAUGUCUCCCUCCCCGUGGAACCAGACUUACUCACCUUACUACAAGUCCCCCUGGAUCUACCAGACACGAAACAACAUCGAUGAUGAUUCAGACAAUGGUUUGAUCGGUACGAUCGUGAGACAAGAAGGUCACGUCUACUCGUUAGCUGCUUCUGGAGAUCUUCUAUUCACUGGAUCCGAUUCCAAGAACAUUCGGGUCUGGAAAGAUCUCAAGGAUUUCGCCGGGUUUAAAUCAACAAGCGGUUUAGUUAAAGCGAUUGUGAUAACCGGAGAUAACCGGAUCUUCACGGGUCAUCAAGACGGUAAAAUCCGGGUUUGGAGAGGCUCUAAAAGAAGAACCGGAGGCUACUCACGAAUCGGAAGCUUACCGACUCUUAAAGAGUUUUUAGCGAAGUCGGUUAACCCCAAGAACUACGUCGAGGUUCGUCGCCGAAAAAACGUUCUUAAGAUACGACACUACGACGCCGUUUCGUGCCUGAGCUUGAACGAAGAGCUCGGUUUACUCUACUCCGGUUCUUGGGACAAGACUCUCAAAGUCUGGAGACUCUCCGAUUCCAAAUGUCUCGAAUCGAUUCAAGCUCACGACGACGCCGUCAACACCGUAGCCGCCGGGUUCGACGAUUUGCUAUUCACCGGAUCCGCCGACGGAACCUUGAAAGUGUGGAAACGUGAGCUUCAAGGAAGAGGGACGAAGCAUUUUCUUGUUAACGUGCUGAUGAAGCAAGAGAACGCUGUGACGGCGUUGGCGGUUAAUUUAACGGCGUCUGUUGUUUACUGUGGAUCUUCUGACGGCACGGUUAGUUUUUGGGAAGGGAAGAAGUAUAUUUCUCACGGCGGGACUCUCCGCGGCCACCGUAUGGCGGUACUCUGCCUCGCCGCCGCCGGGAGUUUGGUGCUGAGCGGCGGAGCGGAUAAGAAUAUUUGCGUGUGGAGGAGGAACGGUGAUGGGACACACUCGUGUCUCUCGGUGUUGAUGGACCACGUGGGACCCGUGAAGUGUUUGACGGCGGUGGAAGAGGCGGAGGAGGAAGGAGUUGGAAGGUGGAUAGUGUAUAGCGGAAGCUUGGAUAAAUCGGUGAAGGUGUGGCGAGUGAAGGAGACGGCGUCUCCGGUGUUAAGCUGA